AUGUGCUGUUAUGUAUUUUUCAAUAUUUUUUUAGAUGUCAUUGGUUAUGUUUGUGUUUGUUAUAACAUCGAGGAUACGAACAAAAAGGAUGGUAGCAAAGGGAAACGCCUUAAUCUUAAGCUUCAAGAUAUUGAAGAUGUUCAGAUCGAUUUAACUCUUUGGGAUGAUUACGCUAAGGACAUGUAUUCUUACAUGGUUAGUGAAAAGCGUGAAGCACAUGUUGUCGUUGUUGUCCAUUUCGGUGCUGUUAAGACAUACAAAGGAAAAUGGGGUUUGUCUAAUAACUUUGAUGGUUCAAGAAUUUUCAUUAACGACAACUUUGAUGACAUGCUAUUGUUUAGGCAAAAGUUUCUUGCAAAACUUGCUGCUUCAACUGAGUCGAGUAGCCAUGCUGGGUCAUAUAUCAUGUGUUCUGUCGAAGAUGAAUUUUUAAAGAACGAUGUUUUUUCACCAAUUGCUUAUCUUGGAUCAAUCCUAGAGCCAAAGAAAGUUGUUGUUGUUGGGACUAUCGUUGCAAUUGUUUCAGAUAAGAUGUGGUAUUAUGAUGGGUGCAACUAUUGCAAGUCCAAAGUUGAGCAAAAGUUUGAAACAUAUGAUAAGGAUGAUGGAACAAGUGAUGUUAAAGAAGAGAAGUUGUAUCAAUGUUCUAACAAGGAUUGUAAUGGUAAAGAAGUUUUCCCGUUGUCCAGGUUCAAAAUACCGGUUCGUGUUCAAGAUUCAACUGGUACGGUGACACUUACAUUGUUUGAUCAUGAGGCGAUGAAGUUUGUUGGUAAAACUGCAAAGGAACUUAUAGAAAUUCAGGACGAGUUAUUGAGGUCGAAUAAGAAUCCCGGAGAAUAUCCAGUUGAGUUUGAAUCAUUGCUUAACAUAAAGUGUGCUUUCGUGAUUAAAGUAAGUGACUUUAAUAUUGUGAAUGCUGUCGAGAAUUAUGGAAUCUCAAUUGUUACCACUGAUGAAGACAUAUUGGAUAAGCUGAACAAAAAAUUCAAAAUUGACCAACUUGAUGUAUCUGAUUCUUUUGGUAUGACUCAGUCUGAGUUCCAAGCUACCGGUGGUGACAGUUUCAAGGAUGCGGAUUCUUACACUGGGGAUAACACCACACCUGUGUCGAAGGAUUACGUGAGUGACUUGAAGCAACCAUCUUCUGAUAUGAAGCGUAACCUGGAUGAUGUUUAUUUGAAUGAUGAGGGAGUGGGGUCGUCAGCGAUACUCUGUGGUGUUAACAAAAUGCAGAAUACGUUUCAACAGCUUACUUCAUAUUCUUCUGAACCUCCACACCCUGGCAUCGCUGACGAAGGUAAGUAUAGACGUUGGUUAAGAAAAAUAUAUCUUGAUUAUAAGAAGUCAAAAUCAACAGCACUUCCGGCUUAUUUUGUUAGAGGUAAUCAUUUAGAUUCCUUGGUUAACGUAACAUCUUCAAAUUUUACACCUUCUACAAUGAGGAAGGAAGGAAAUGUACUACAAGAUAAGUAUACAACACCCAACCGUACACCCUUUGCAAAUAUAGAAAACAUAACACCAGAUAAUAUUGCAACCUCAUCAACUUUACCAUUGAAUGACCGCUACUCUUUUAAUCCUCCAAUAACAAAUAAACGUAACACAAGAUGUUCGAUAUCCGAAAUUACCUCGCUAAAAAAGAUUUCUUCUGGAAAGCGUAGACUUAUUCAUAAACCAAUUGAAAUAGAAGCCAUACCAAUGGGUCCUCUUGAAUCUGAUGAUGAAAAUCAUAUUCACGAGAUUGUUGCAGACGCCACCAAAGGCGUAUCCAAAGAUUACGUUGACCAUGGUGACCAAUCACUUACGUGUGGUUUAUGCUUUGCAAAGUUAUGGGCUACCGAAGGUGGAAAGGGUCGCAUUACACUUCAAAAACAAACAUAUAGCUUAUGUUGUGGAUAUGGUAAAGUUGACUUGCCUGAAUAUAAAGAUUCUCAUCCGUCUUAUCAGAUGCUUUUUUCCUAUUUAGAUCAAGAAAGCAAGUUUUUCUUAAAGAAUAUAAGACGUUACAAUUCUAUGUUUUCCUUUACUUCAAUGGGAGGAAAAGUCGAUACUAAAAUAAACAAAGGAAAUGCUCCAUAUGUUUAUAGAAUCAGUGGUCAGAAUGCACAUAGUAUGGGUAGUCUUCUUCCUAAGGAGGGUGCCCAGCCAAAAUUCUCACAACUUUAUAUCUAUGAUACUGAGAACGAGCUUGCUAAUAGAGAGUUGCUAUUUGGUGAUUCUACAAGCAAAGCAUCUUUAAGGGCAAAGGAACUUGAUGCUAAAUUUAUAAAGUUUCUUACCAACAUGUUAGAUUCUACGAAUAUGCUGGUUAAAACUUACAGAAUGGUACGCGACCACCUGCACGAGAAUCCUAACGUUUCCCUUAAGCUUAGGUUAAUCUCACAGAGAGAUCGUGACGGAAGGACAUACAACUUACCUACGUGUUCCGAAGUUGCUGCUUUAAUAGUUGAUGAACCUAAUCUCAAGAUAGAAAGUCGUGAUAUUAUUGUUGAAAAGCGUUCAGGAGUCCUUAAGCGUAUUAGCGAGUUACAUCCUUCUUACCUUGCUCUCCAGUAUCCGAUUCUUUUUCCGUACGGAGACGAUGGCUAUAGGAUUAAUAUUCCUCAUAGGGAAUUUGGUCCUAACACUAAAAAGACAAGACCAACUUGCACUAUGAGGGAGUUUUUUGCUUAUAGAAUUCAAGAUAGACAUAACAAGUUUUCUCUAAUUCUUAAUGCAAGAAGGUUGUUUCAGCAGUUUUUAGUUGAUGCCUACACAAUGAUUGAAAGUGAGAGGCUCAACUUCAUACGUUUUCAGCAAAUCAAACUGAGAUCUGACUCACUUAACAGUCUUAAAAAUGUUCAAGAGGUUGGUCAGAGUGAUUUGAGUCAUACCGGACAACCUGUUAUAUUACCGUCAUCGUUUACUGGUGGUUCUCGAUACAUGAUGCAAAACUAUUUGGAUGCUAUGGCGUUAUGUCGGAAUUAUGGGUAUCCUGAUUUCUUUAUCACUAUCACAUGUAAUCCGAAAUGGCCUGAAAUUGUUAGAUUUAUCGGUGACUCAUCAAUUAAGCCAGAAGACAGACCUGACAUACUUUGUCGAUUGUUUAAGAUGAAACUCGAUGAAUUGAUAACUGAUUUGAAGCAAAAAAAAAAUUUUGGUGAUAUUAAUGCAGUUGUUUACACAGUUGAGUUUCAAAAGCGUGGAUUGCCACAUGCACACAUUUGCUUAUUUAUGAAAGCUGAUCAUAAGCUUCCUACGGUUGAACACAUUGAUCCAUUUAUCUCAGCUGAAAUUCCGGAUAAAAACGAGGAUCCUGAGUUGUAUUCUCUUGUGAGUGACUUUAUGAUUCAUGGUCCUUGUGGACAUGCCAACAAGAAAUGUCCAUGCAUGGUUGGGAACCGUUGUUCUAAGAAUUUUCCAAAGAAGUUUUUGGAAUCCACUUCCAUUGAUUCUGAUGGAUUUCCCGUUUAUAGGAGAAGAGAUUCUGGUCACACGGUUGUGAAGAAGGGUGUUACUUUGGACAAUAGGAGCGUAGUUCCAUACAACAAAAAGCUUCUAAAAAGGUAUCAGGCGCACAUCAACGUCGAGUGGUGCAAUCAGGCGGGUUCAAUUAAGUAUUUGUUUAAAUAUAUUAAUAAAGGACCUGAUCGAGCCACGGUAGCUGUUUUUGAUUCAGACAGAGGUCCAGAUGAGGAGAUCCCAAAAGAUGAAAUUAAAGAAUAUUACGAAGCUAGAUAUGUUUCCGCAUGUGAAGCAAGCUGGAGAAUAUUUGCCAACGAGGUUCAUUAUAGGUAUCCUUCUGUCAUGAGAUUACCUUUUCAUCUACCAGGACAACAAAAUGUUGUAUUUAGUUGUGACGACGAUAUUGAGGAUGUCUUACACAAACCUCAAGUAAAUUCUUCGAUUUUCUUAGAAUGGAUGAAGAUGAACAAUUCUAAGCCUGAAGCAAGACAACUUACAUAUGUUCAGUUUCCUUCAAAAUAUGUGUGGAAGUUAAAAGAUCGUUGCUGGCAGACACGUCAAAAUUAUGUUGUUAUUGGGAGAAUAUAUUCUGCGUCUCCUUCUCUUGGUGAGGCUUAUUAUCUAAGAAUUCUUCUUACCAAGGUUAAAGGACCAAGAUCAUUUGAAGAAAUCAGAACAUAUGAAGGUGUUGUUUAUCCUACUUUUAGGGAUGCGUGUUAUGCACGUGGCCUGUUAGAUGAUGACAAUGAAUAUAUCGAGUGUAUUAAAGAAUCCAGUUUCACUGGUAACGCUCAUUAUCUUCGUUCUUUGUUUGGAACACUACUUUUGUCUAAUACUCUUUCAAGACCUGAAGUUGUUUGGGAGAAAACGUGGGAGCUAAUGUCCGAGGACAUUUUAUACAAUAUGCGUAAAGAUAGUGGCAUGAGCGGAUUCGUUGUAUCAGAUGAACGUUUAAAGAAUAUAACAUUGACCAAGAUCGAAAAAUUUCUUCUUCGUAAUGGAUCCAGCUUGCACAGGUUCUCAACGAUGCCUUAUCCUGAUGAUGACUAUCUAAUGACCGAGAGCAACCGUUUGAUAAACGAGGAGCUUUCGUUUGACAUUGAUGAACUUAGGGGUGAGUUCAAUAAUCUGCACAACUCUCUAAACGAAGAUCAAAGAGCAGUGUAUAAUGAAAUUAUGCAUGCUGUUAGAAGUGGAAAGGGGGGUGUGUUUUUUGUGUACGGUUAUGGUGGUACGGGCAAGACUUUUUUGUGGAAAACUUUAGGUGCAUCCAUUAGAUCCACUGGACAGAUUGUUAUUAAUGUUGCUUCAAGUGGUAUUGCAUCUUUGUUGCUAUCACGAGGUCGUACUGCCCAUUCACGAUUUCAUAUUCCUAUUAAUCUCAACGAAGAUUCGGUCUGCCAUAUCAAGCCUAAUACUGAAGUCGCUAAUCUUCUAAACCAAGCCAAGUUGAUUAUUUGGGAUGAGGCACCGAUGGUACACAAACAUGCUUUUGAGGCUCUUGAUCGUACAAUGAAGGAUGUUUUGAGUGUAUUUGAUUCACGAAAUUCAGAACUUCCAUUUGGUGGAAAAGCUAUUGUCUUUGGUGGUGACUUUAGACAAAUCCUACCGGUUGUACAAAAUGGAAGCAGGCAAGAUAUUGUAAACGCAUCUUUAUGUUCAUCCCAUAUCUGGUCCCAUUGCAAGGUGUUAAAGUUGACAACAAACAUGCGUUUAUCGGUAGGAUCCAGUACCUCAAACAUCGAGGAAAUAAAUCAAUUUGGUAAAUGGCUUUUAGAGAUUGGCGAAGGCAAUGUUGGUCAUUCUAACGAUGGUGAUUCACAUAUUGAAUUGCCUGAUCAUCUUUUGAUAACUGAUGAGAAUGAUCCGAUUCAGGCUUUGAUUGACUUUGUAUAUCCUUCAGUUUUGGAUCGUUUUAAAGACCGUCACUACUUUUCUGAAAGAGCUAUACUCGCUCCUAAGAAUGAAGUUGUUCAUGAUAUAAAUGAUCGUUUGCUUGAAUUGUUUCCGGGUGAAGAGGUAGAGUAUCUUAGCUCUGAUAGUUUAUGUCCUACUGAGGAUAUUAAUGAUCCGUUACAUCAAGAUUUAUAUAAUCCAGAUGUGUUAAAUAGUGUGAAAGUUUCUGGAUUACCAAAUCAUAGAUUGGUAUUGAAAUUGGGUGUUCCGGUAAUGCUUUUGAGGAAUAUUGACCAGCAAAACGGUUUGUGCAAUGGUACGCGUCUUCAAAUCACACGUCUUGGUAAACGUGUUAUUGAGGCUGAGAUAUUAUCUGGAAGUAAUGUCGGUUCAAGAACUUACAUCCCAAGAAUUAGCAUGAUACCAUCUGACAAAAAAAUACCCUUCAAGUUUCAACGAAGGCAGUUUCCAAUAACCGUAUGUUUUGCGAUGACUAUUAACAAAAGUCAAGGACAAUCUCUAUCCAGAGUUGGUCUAUACCUUAGAGAUCCCGUGUUCUCACAUGGUCAGCUUUAUGUUGCUUUGUCGAGAGUAAAGACUAAGGAUGGCGUUAAGGUUCUAAUAUUCGACAAAGAUGGGAGACCAACAAACAAAACUGCAAACGUUGUUUACAAAGAAAUUUUUGGGAAAUUGUAG